AUGGGAAUGGAUGAACUUAACAAUUCUGGUGGAAACCAACAGGACACUUGUGGAAAGCCGAGAUUAUCGUUUGACCAAAUUGCUGCACGGUUUCUUGAUGUUGAUGGGAACACUUUGCAGCCAAAGCUGGGGGCUGCUCAAGGUAAUUCGGGGCCUGCAGAUCCUGUUUCCUUUGCUCACAUUGUAAAGAAUACAAAGGAGAAGGUUAAAGUGAAUUUUCGGGCGAUGGAAUCUGCUGAGAAAGUUGACGGUGCUGAUGUUGUUAUUCCUUUGUCGUCGGUUCAACAAGUUACUGAUAUGUAUGCUAACACUUUGUUUGGAUAUUUUCUGGGUAAACGGUUGGCAUUUCCUGUGGUCGAUUACUUUGCUAAGAACAACUGGGCUAAAUAUGGGCUUUCCCGGCUCAUGAUGAAUGCAAACGGGUUAUUUUUCUUUAAGUUUACUUCUAAGGAAGGGAUGAAUCAAAUGCUAGAGGAUGGGCCUUGGCUAAUCAGAAGUGUUCCCAUAAUUUUGAAGGAGUGGUCGCCCUCUAUCAAGAUGGAAAAAGAGGACAUUAAAGUGGUUCCAGUUUGGGUCAAGAUGCAUGAUGUGCCGUUAGCGGCAUUUACCGAGGAUGGGCUUAGCUUGGUUGCCUCUAUGAUUGGGAUACCUAAGAUGUUGGAUACGUAUACUGCCUCGAUGUGUGCUGAAUCUUGGGGAAGGAGCAGCUAUGCUAGAGCGCUUAUUGAAGUGCAAGCGGGGGCUGAGUUAAAAAAGAAUGUUACUGUUGCUAUCCCAUCUAUGGAUGGUAGUGGGUAUUCAAAGGUGGAGGUCAAGAUUGAAUAUGAUUGGGAGCCUCUAAGGUGCUCCCCUUGUUGUGUGUUUGGUCAUGAUGACAGCUCGUGCCCGAAGAACCCUCAGGUAUCUUCUAGUGGAGAUGCUGAAAAGAAUAAUGAUGAAUUUCAGGUUGUAGGGGUCAAGAAGAAGAAAGGAGGUACCACUGUGGGUCGAGUGGAGAAGAAACCGUCGAAUGACAGGCAGGAAUCGGAUGAGGAGAAGGGGCUUCUGUUUUGUGGCUACUUUAUCUUUGAUGAUGGUGGUUGA